AUGGAAGGAGAAAACACAUUGAUUGAAGAUGUGCCUAUAUUGGAAAUGGAGGAUGAGGACCAAAAUGAUGGAUCUGAUCUAGAUGAUUCAGAACAUGAAGACACAUUGGAUUACACUUCCAGCGAUUCCAAUAGCAAUACAGAGACUACAAAGAAAACAAGGAAGAGGGGAUUGACUCGAUUGCCAAAGUUACGGACCGAACAUACAAAUUCUGGUGGAAGAAAAAAACAUGUAAAGUUUGAUGAAUUUGGAAGGUUUGCAGGGAAGUAUAGAUCACAGUUACCAACUUAUCUGGGAGACUUAGUACGGGAAAGGGUAGGAGUUAGUGUUUUCAAUUGGAAGAAGGUAACAAAAGAAGUCAAGGAGAAACUAUGGGAAGAGAUAACGCGUUUUUAUGAAAUUGAGGAUAGUCGAAGAAAAUAUAUAAUGAAUCCGCUUGGUAUGCUUCUACGGAAUUUUAGAAGAAAAUUGUAUGCAAAAUACAUAGAGCCCAACUUAGGGAAUACCGCCAAGCUUAAAAGAAUUCCUAAACGAUACCGUACAAUAAUUCUUAGCCAAGAUCAUUGGGACAAGUUCGUUGAACACACACAGUCACACAAAUUCAAGGAUACGUCGAGAAAGGCGAUAGUAGCGCGUUCGAAGUCGAAUUAUAAUCACCGGAUGGGACGAGGAGGAUAUACGACUCUAAGAGAGAAACUGGGAAGCUCUGGUAGUAUAAAAAAAGAUGUAAAAGAGUUAUCAAAGGGUAAAAUUGGAAUUGAGUUAUUAAAAAUAGAGGAUACAUGUGGUUUGUUAGAAAUUUGA